AUGAAAUUAUCAACAGAAAGCGAGUACUCUACGAAGUUCAAUGAAGCCAUGGAUGCUACCAAUGUCGACAGAAAUAACUUUCCAUACGUAAAUACGGACGAGGAAGCAUACUGCGCCAAGUUCCCAGUUGUUUCCGUUGAACCGAACAAUGAAACGGAGGACACCUACGACACGCCAGUGGAUACUGGGAAGAAGAAACAGGAUGAAAUCGACCCCUGGAGUUUGGUGCCACAUAUAGAAUCGAACCAACCAAAAUGGUCUGAGUUAACAACAAGUGGGAAGGUGAAACGUGUUCUGAUUGGAUGGAUAUUGAAGCCAAUCCUGAUAUUCUCGUUUCUCUACUUCUUUAUCGUCGCCCUGGCCUUGAUGGGUGACGCCUUCACGCUGAUUGGUGGAUCGGCAGCAGGUCGGCUCUCCAGACAGUACAUUAUUGGACACCCAAUCACGGGAUUAAUGAUUGGCAUGUUGGUUACGGUGCUACUCCAGAGUUCAAGCGCUACAACGUCAAUUAUUGUUUCCAUGGUAGCAGCCGAUUUGAUUCAAGUCCAGGAAGCUAUUCCCAUGGUGAUGGGAGCCAACAUUGGCACAUCGGUUACCAACACAAUCGUUGCCGGGGGACAGGCAGGAGAUCGAGACACAUUCAGGUUAUCCUUCGCAGGGGCUACCGUCCACGACUGUUUUAAUUGGCUGGCGGUUCUCGUAUUGCUCCCUCUUGAAAUGGCAACUGGCUACCUCUACCACCUGACAUCGGCAAUCAUUGAUAAUUCUAAUUUAGAUUCGUUCGGAUCUGACGACAGAAUUAAAAUAACAGACCCAAUCGUGGACAAUCAUACAGGUGACUUCCUGUUUGCCCACUGCGACCUGGCUGAUGAGAUCAUUGGUCUUAUUCUGUUGGUGGUGUCGCUGGCGCUUCUCAUGGGAUGUCUGAUCGGCAUCGUGAAAGUGCUUGGAUCAAUGCUGCGCGGCAGCGCCGCCAACGCUACCAAGAAGUUUUUGAAUGCCAAUUUCCCAGGAUACCUUUCGUGGUUGACCGGAUACGUCGCCAUGUUGCUGGGCGCGUUUUUCACAAUGUUACUGCAGAGCAGUUCUGUUUUCACGUCCAUGUUGACUCCACUUGUGGGCAUGCGUGUUAUAACACUGGCCAGAAUGUAUCCCUUAACUCUGGGAGCGAAUAUCGGGACAACAUUCACCAGCUUACUCGCGGCAUUUGCAAGCUCCGAUUCACAAGAUUUCGAAGAAGGUGUCCAGAUAUCACUAUGCCACUUAUUCUUCAAUUUAACUGCAAUAGCAAUCUUCUAUCCUAUUCCUUUUAUGCGCCGGCCUCCCAUCGGAGGUGCCAAGUUUCUCGGUAAUACAACGGCUGUGUACAGGUGGUUUUCAAUCGCGUAUCUAUUAGUAGUCUUCUUCAUUUUCCCAUUUACAGUCUUGCUAAUUUCUAUAGAAGCAAUGCCGUAUAUGUGGAAGGGAAGUUCCAUUUCAAUCAGGGAUUCCUUGGUGGAUGUUAUAGAAAUAGAAGAGAGACAACUGGCCGACGAGAUAUCAUGCAACUCUAUUUGA